AUGAAGGUCGAGAUUGACGGGCGGAGCGAGGAGGAGGAGAAGGGCUGGUGGGACCCCGCCGUCCGCGCGAAGCACGCGCGCCCCGGCCCCGGCGUCCUCCCGCCGCUACUCGAGCAGCGCCUGCACAAUUCUGAGCAUACGCUCUACUCGGUGAGUGUGUCCCCGCCCGACAUCAGGCCCGACCACGAGCCGCCCGCGGGGUUCGCGCUGCCGAGCGCGGACGAGGUGCACACGGCGGUGCCGCACCCGCACGCGUAUUAUUGCAGGAGACAUAAUGGGUGGGUGCUGCUGCUGUGGCGCUCGUCCUCGGUCGCGCCGCCGCUGGCGAAAUCGUUUCAGGAGACGAUGCAGGAGAAGGGCAUCGUGCUUCCUGACCAGAAUCGGCGGAAGCGGACCACGACGUGCGUGGGCGAGGGCGAAAACCCACUGGGCGGCCCGUCGAACAAGACGCACCAUUUCCAUCAUUACCCCCGUGCGGUCGACGCCCUGCACCUCAAUCCCCCGUUCCAGCGGCGGGACGACAAGAUGGACGAGGACGCGUCGCAGGCUGAGGCUGAGGGCGACCUGUUGGACCUCUACAUGUGCUGCCAGUGUUCGUUCUACUGCGUCGUCUCCCCGGAGGUCAUCCCCGGCGUCAUCUCGUCCAAGUACAUCGAAGAUUUCAUCAGGGACAAGCGCGAGCACCCCGCGCCGAAUAUGAAUCCGGAUAUGAGCGUUAUCGGCGGGUUGGAGACGAUCAUCACAGUCAUCGAGAAUAAGCUGUGGAAAGCGAAUGAUCGCGCGUUACCCGUCAUGCGCCCUGCGUUCCAGAGGAAGCUGGGGUGGAACAGUACAGUUGGCGCUAUAUUCUCAUCCCUGUCGUUCGAGUUGAACAGACAAGAGGAGACGAUACGCCCGCCGAACACGAAUCCAAGCACGCCGGAGGGGCUAUCGAACCGGUCGAAAGAGAUGUACCAGACCGCAAUAGGAGCACAUAUACAACAGAUUCCUCGUGGUUUGUUACCCGAUGCACUUCUUCAAUACUCUGCCAUUUCUAAGGAUUGGGAGGCCCUCGGUAUGACGCCGACGUCUUAUUCCUGGGAACUCCUCGUAUUUGCGUACCUUGCGCAGUGCCGCUGCGACCCCGCUCACACAGCCGACUAUUUCACCCACCUUUGCAACAUCGUCUUCGCCUUCCAGACUUUAGGCGUAACCUGUCCUCAGGAGCUACAAAACUUCGUCAUCCAGGAGCGCUCGCGUUCCAGGUUCACGCACGACGAGCUGCAGCAGGCCAUCACAACACUCGGGUUCGGGCAGGAGAACCGCCUGCGCAUGGACUUUGACGAGGAGACGGACGACGAGUUCGUCAAGAUGGCGUGGCGCGACGCGCUGAAGGAGGCGUGGAAGCACCCCGAGAGCAGCGCGAAGCGGAAGGAGGUGCAGGAUGCGCUGAUGAUCCUCGCGCAGGCGCGGGGGAGCGCGGACUUGAUGGCAGCGUAUAAUAGCGAGCAGGGGAAUGGGAUGACGCCGGAGCGGGCGUAUACGACGCUGGAGGUGCCGGCUGAUGUGGAUGAAGAGAUGUUGAUUACUGUCUUUGUCAUGAGGGUUGAAGAGCGGCCGGCUCAAGUGGAGACUAUGCGGGAUGCGUUGAGCGUGAUUGCUGAAGUACGUGAAAGCACUCGUCUGAAGCAGUUCCUCGAAACCGGCAAAGAUCCGGGAGUGAUAGUCCCAUCCGUUAGUCCAGAUACUCCCCGCGGUCUCAAUCAGCUUGGAAAUACAUGUUACCUCAAUUCUCUACUGCAGUAUUUCUAUACGAUCAAGGAUCUCCGGGAAGCUGUCUUGUCCACGGGAGCAGGGGAUAUGAAGUUACUCGAAGAUGACAAGUUGACUGAAGACGACUUGAAGCGGCACCGUGUUGGCGGGCGUUUGGUGACAAAGCGGGAGAUCAUCCGCUCCAAGAAAUUCGUUCACAGGCUCGCUGAGUUAUUCUGGGAACUAGAAUACAGUGAAACUGCCGCUGUCACACCAUCCAUUGAGCUCGCGAAGCUAGCACUGGUAACGUCCAAGGAUGAGGAAGAGGAUAACGGCGAUUCCGUUCAAACAGACUCUUCCAAUGACACCGACGCGACGCUGGUCGAGGAUGCUCCUCCCCGACAUACUCCCGAGCGAUUGUCCUCCCCCGCUUCACGCGGCUCGCCCAGCUCUGUUCUGGGUAAGCGGCCACGAAAUGAAAGUGCCCCCGACCAGAUGGAGACGGACUCACCGACACGGACGCCGGACGUUAUCAAGGACGACUAUGUCAUGGUCAAGUCUCCUCGGACGGCGGGUAGUGGAUCUGGGAUGCCCGAAGCUGGCCCAUCGUCUGCCCCAGCUGAUAAUGACGGCGAUGUCGAGAUGACGGAUGCACGGCAAAAUGAGGAGAAGAAGCAGCCGCCUCCUCUGCCACCGAGGAAGGCCACUACGAAGGUCGCUGAUUCAGGGAUGAUGUUCGGUACACAGCACGAUGUCUCGGAAUGCAUGGAUAAUUGCAUGUUCCAGAUCGAAACUGCGCUCCUCAAAUUCGACGAGCUCAGCGGCUCUGGGGACGACAAGACAAGUGUCGUGAAAAGGCUUUUCUACGGAAAGAUACGACAGCGGCUGACGGCUCCGGAGGAUGACCGCCGGCCCAAGGCAUCCGUGCACGAGAAGGAAGACCUUUUCUCGCACUUGCCUGUGAAUGUGUCCGAGGAGGGUUAUGACAUAUACGAUGGCUUGAGCGGGUACUUCGAUGACGUUGUAGAGUUCGAAGGGAAGAAGGCGAGGAUGGAAGUGACCUUGGUCGAUCUCCCUCCUCUGCUGCAGAUCCAGUUGCAGCGUGUGCAAUUCAACCGCGAGACGCUGCAGCCUUACAAAUCACAGGCAUACGUCAGAUUUGGCGAGACUGUAUAUAUGGAUCGCUUCUUGGAUAGUGCGGAUCCACAGAAGAAGGCGCGGUCGAAGGCCAUACAAACGGAGCUCAACGUUUGCCGGGAUCAGAUCUACCGAUUGACGCAAGGAAAGCACGCUCCCUACGGCCCUCGCCUCUCGGAUUCGCACGACUUGCUGACAGAACACCAGAAGUACCUGCCCGACGGCGACUCUAGUUUCCUCUCGAAGAUGAAAGAAGACGAAAGCCAGUUGCAAGCAAAGAUCGACACGCUACGUGCACGGGCCGUCGAGCUCAAAAAAGAGCUGGAGGCCGUCUGGGCGAACGACAAGGAGGCGGCGUACGAGCUCACGUCCGUGUUCAUCCACCGCGGCACGUCGCCCUCGUGGGGCCACUAUUUCUUCUACUCGCGGCAUCUGCCCGAGAAGCCGGACGAGUGGUUCAAGUAUAACGACUCGUCCGUGAGCGCCGUCCCGAAGGACGAGGUGCUGCGCGAUACGACUGGCGACACUGCCAAUCCAUACCUGCUUGUGUUCAUGCGCAAGGGCGCCGAGGUCGUGCACACCGUGAAGCGCUUCGACCCCGCUAAUCUGAUCGAGGACACCCCGUAA